AUGGCCACCGAUGUAGGAGAUGAAGAAAGGGCACAUUUACUUGGUAUAUCACCGUCACCAUCACCAUUGCCCACAGGUGUCAUCACAACGCCAUAUCAACCCUUAGACCAAGAUGAGAGUGCCAAUCAAGACGAUAACGACAGUUCAAGCACUCACAGCUCUGAAUGGACUGUCAGUCAAAGCGCUCGCAGACUCUACGUAUCUCAUACCCUCUCAACAUGGAACUCGCGCGUCUUUGAAUUCGGAAGCGUUUUGUAUCUCGCCUCUAUCUUUCCAGGAACAUUGAUGCCGCUUGCGGUGUAUUCAAUGAUUCGAGGCGCUGCUGCUAUUGCACUAUCGUCUUGGGUCGGAUCUUAUAUCGACCGCAACGAUCGUCUCAAGACAGUAGUAUCUCAAAGACUGGUCGUUACAGUCUCAUGUGCGAUCUUUCUUGUUCUCAUCAAAGUUCGAACUAUGCCUCAUGAAGUGAGGGUUGGCUUGCUCGCUGUCUCAAUUAUCAUGGCCUGUAUUGAGAAGCUUGCAGCCAUAAUGAACUUUGUGUCAGUCGAAAGAGACUGGGUCAUCGUUGUGGCUCGCUCUGAUACUACUGCACUCCGAAGACUGGUUGAUGGCUUUUCUACAGAAACAGCCAUUCUGGUGAACUUGAUAAUGAACUGCGCAUCGGUUGUAAUUGAGUACUUUACCAUCGCUAGGGUCUAUUAUCAGGUCCCUGCUCUGCAGUACCCCAAGAAUGCGCCACGUACCACGGCCCUCGACGAUGGCAAUCGACAAAACCCUUUGGCAUCAGUCAAGCUUGUUCUGAAGAAGACGUUCGACGAUCUCCGUCUCUACUUUACCCAUCCCGUCUUCUUUCCUUCUUUCGCAGUGGCUCUUCUUUACUGCACAGUCCUAUCAUUUGGCGGAGUCAUGGUUACUUACCUACUAUCAAGCGGAUACAACUCGAUUCAAAUUGCUGCAAUGAGGACAAUUUCUGUAGCUUUCGAGGUUCUAGCUACUUGGAUUGGCCCAUGGCUAAUGAAGAAAAUUGGUCCGGUUCGCGCAGGACUUUGGUUCCUGAGCUGGCAAUUGGGAUGCUUAUCAAUAGGCAUAUCGAUAUUCUGGAGAUAUGCUGAUAACGUCCUCGUAUCAACUCUGGCACUCGUGGGAAGCUCCAUGUUCAGUCGUGUCGGACUUUGGGGCGUCGAUCUCUCAGCACAGGUCAUCAUCCAAGAGGAAGUCGAGGCGCAAAAUCGAGGAGCCUUUUCUGCUGUGGAAGCUAGUUGGCAACAUGUGUUUGAGAUGUAUGCAUACACGUCGACCAUAAUAUUCUCGUCGCCUAGUGAGUUCCACAACCCGACUGCACUGAGCGUCGCGGCAGUCCUGUUCGCAUGGGUUCUGUACAGCUUGUUUGUUAAGAAGCGACGAGGACAUCUCGUCCACUGGCCGACCUGCCUGUCUGCAGAGAAGCAACAAGCAGCAGCGAUAGAUGGAGUGCUCGAGUCGAUGCAUUCAAGAAGAAGAGAGGGGCCUGGAGGGGUUGCAUGA